CUCUACUUGUGUUCGAUCUUUUGCUCAGAAUGACUAAAGCCCUGACGGAGGCAGACGGUCCGUCAUGGAGGGAGAAGCUUCCUCCCAUCCCCACGGUGCCGCUGUCGGUGAGGGAGAAGCUGGCCCAGCAGGCUGCAGCCAACCAGGCUCAGCAGCACAACGGCAUCAAGAAGGACGACAGACCAGCACCGAGUGACAAAGAUGUAAAGAAAGCUCAGGCUCUGAAAGAGGAAGGCAACGCUCUGGUGAAGAAAGGAGAAUAUCAGAAGGCCGUAGAGAAGUACACGCAGAGUCUAAAACACAACGGCAGCGAGGUGACGACCUACACCAACCGGGCGCUGUGCUUCCUGUCGCUGAAGCAGUACAGAGACGCCAUCAGAGACUGCUCCGACGCCCUCAGGAUGGACGGCAGCAACGUCAAGGCGCUCUACAGGAGGGCGCAGGCUCACAAGGAGCUCAAGGACAUCAAGGCCUGCGUUGACGAUCUGAACAGCCUCCUGAAGGUGGAACCAAAGAACACGGCUGCUCUGAAGCUGCUGCAGGAGGUGCAGAAGAAGUAAACGUGCAUGGAUAACUCUGCAACCAGCCAGUGAGACGAUCCAUCCCCUCCAACCCCACGUCUGAUCUGUUCACUCCUUACUGGGCCAACACAAAACGCAGCAAGAGGUUCUGGAGACUCUUCAUGGAUGAAGAGGUGUUCAUAGUUUGGUGACGGAAUGGUUGUGUUACCUCGGUUCAGUGUUAAUGUUUGUUUUUUACGCUCCAGUAAAUUACUGUCGCAUCUUUUCAGAAACAAAACAUUUUAUUCUCACUUCAGGCCAUAAAGCUCAGAUUUACUGG